AUGGACAUGACGCAGCGUAAAUCAUCCAUGUUUAUAACAUCAUGUCGGAAGAAGGCGCAGAUGAAACGUGCGAUCAAACAGGACACAACUCUAGACAAGAAGAUAAAGCUUCAGAUAAAGGAAAAGAAUCUGUGCUUCAUCAUGAUGCUGAGUGUGGUCCUUCAACAAAAACAAGUACUUCAGCAACCAGUGCUGGUUCCCACAAUGAAAGCAGUCCUCUAGUGAAGACUUCAGACACUUCUAGUAGUGAAGACAAUCCUUCAGUGAGCAGUAGGGACACUUCCACUAAUGAGGACAAGCCUGCAGUGAAAAGUAACCACCCUUCCAGUGAUGAGGAUAAGCCUCUAGCGAACAGUAACAGCCCUUCCAGCAAUGAGGACAAUCCUCCAGCAAGCAAUACGGACACUUCCAGCAAUGAGGACAAGCCCUCAGUGAACAGUAACGACACCUACAGUAAUGAGGACAAUCCUCCAGUGAACAAUAAGGAUAUUUCUUGCAAUGGCGACAAUCCUUCAGCAAGUAGUAACAACACUUCCAGCAAUGGGGAAAAUCUUCCUGUAAGCGAUAAGGAGACCUCCAGCAAUAGGGACAAUCCUCCAGCAAGCAGUAAGGACACUUCCACCAAUGAGGGCAAGCCUCCAGUGAACAGUAAAGACGCUUCCAGCAAUAGAGACAAACCUCCGGAGAGCAGUAACAAUACUUCCAGCAACGAGGACAAGCCUUCAAUGAAGAGUAUGGACGCUUCCAGUGUCAAGGAUCAGCCUGUAGUGAAUCAUGCAGACACUUCCAACAAUGAGCGCAAUCCUCCCGUGAACAGUAAAGACAGCUCCAGCAAUGACGAGAGGCCGUCAGUAAACAGUAAGGACUCCUCAAGCAAAGGAGACAAGCCUCCAAGGAGAAAAAGGCGAUCUGAAAAAUCUGGAUAUUUUGGAGGCUCCAUGUUUUCAUGGCUACAGAGUGCCGGAAAUGCUGCCAUUGGUGAGAUUACUGAAGGGAUUGCAGCCAUAGGAGCAAAGAUGUUUGUAUGUCUCAAUUAA